CGGCCUUUCCCGUCCGGGCGAUGGGCGCCUUGUGAGACUGGUCCCCCUCGCUGGGGGCGCGUGUGGGAGGCGGCGACCUACUGACUGACUGUCCGGGAGCCCUCGGGCCCGGCCCUCCCUCGCCUUCCUCGGCCCCUCCCACUCUCUUUGGCCCUGGAGCUGCCACCGUUCGGGAGUCCGUGCGAGUCCCUGCCUCGCGUUGCCGCCGCCCUCGGGGCCUAGCCCGCCCAGCCCGCGAAGCGGCAGCGGCGGGGACCCGGAGCUGCCGCCGCAUCCGCCGCAUCCGUUUCGACUCGGUGCCGGCUCUUUGCCCUGCCCCUCAUGACUGCGGCGCCUCUGCUGCUACAGCCUUCCCGGCCGCCGCUCGCCGCAGGAUGGAUGCGGACCGCGAGGCGCUAAUCCCGGUGGCUCAGCUUCUGGAUCGCCCGCCGACGAGCCCGCCUUGUGAGCCGCAGGAGCCGCCGCAGCUGGGCCCCGUGUCCCGCCUCGUUUUCGGGGUGACUUGUCAGUGCUGAGUGAGGAGUAGUCGGGGUCAAUCCGAACCCGCCGGGGAGCAGGAGCCGUCGUAGCGGAGCCUGCCGACCUUCACCUCCCCUCAGGGUCCGCCCCUCGCCCUCUGUUCAUUCACAAAUUCGGGCACGCUCGCCUUGCUCCUGUGGACCGACCAUGUCUGGCGGCGCCGCGGAGAAGCAGAGCAGCACCCCGAGCUCUCUGUUCCUCUCGCCGCCCGCGCCUUCCCCCAAGAAUGGCUCCAGCUCCGAUUCCUCAGUGGGGGAGAAACUGGCCACCGCGGGGACUGACGCUGGAACUGGCAGGACUGAGGAGUACCGGCGUCGCCGCCACACUAUGGACAAGGACAGCCGUGGGGCAGCCGCGACCACCACCACGGAGCACCGCUUCUUCCGCCGCAGCGUCAUCUGCGACUCCAACGCCACUGCGUUGGAACUGCCCGGCCUCCCGCUUUCUCUCCCCCCGCCCAGCGCUACCGCGGGGGUUUCGCAGAGUACCCCACCAGAGCCCCACCGCGAGGAGACCUUGAUCGCUGCCGCCGCUGUGCAGGUAGCCCAGCAGCCUCCCGCCGCUGCUGCCGCUGUCCCCGAGGAACCUGCCGCCGCGGGCCCUGCCGCCACGACUGCCCCCAGCAGUACCAGCAGCAAAGACCGCCAAGUUUCCCAGCCCAACCAUGUGGGGAGCAAAGAGGAGUCUCCUCCUGCGAGAAGCGGCAGCGGCGGCGGCAGCGCCAAGGAACAGCAAGAGGAACGGAGCCAGCAACAGGAUGACAUCGAAGAGCUGGAGACCAAGGCCGUGGGAAUGUCCAAUGAUGGCCGCUUUCUCAAGUUUGACAUCGAAAUUGGCAGAGGCUCCUUUAAGACCGUCUACAAAGGUCUGGACACUGAAACCACUGUGGAGGUCGCCUGGUGUGAACUGCAGGAUCGAAAGUUAACAAAGUCUGAGAGGCAGAGAUUUAAAGAAGAGGCUGAAAUGUUAAAGGGUCUUCAGCAUCCCAAUAUUGUUCGAUUCUAUGAUUCCUGGGAAUCCACAGUAAAAGGGAAGAAGUGCAUUGUUCUGGUGACUGAACUUAUGACAUCUGGAACGCUUAAAACGUACCUGAAAAGGUUUAAGGUGAUGAAGAUCAAAGUUCUAAGAAGCUGGUGCCGUCAGAUCCUUAAAGGACUUCAGUUUCUUCAUACUCGCACUCCACCUAUUAUUCACCGAGAUCUUAAGUGUGACAACAUCUUUAUCACCGGCCCUACAGGCUCGGUCAAGAUUGGAGACUUAGGUCUGGCAACCCUGAAGCGGGCUUCUUUUGCCAAGAGCGUGAUAGGUACCCCAGAGUUCAUGGCCCCUGAGAUGUAUGAAGAGAAAUACGAUGAAUCUGUUGAUGUUUACGCUUUUGGGAUGUGCAUGCUCGAGAUGGCCACGUCUGAAUACCCUUACUCAGAGUGCCAAAAUGCUGCGCAGAUCUACCGUCGAGUGACCAGUGGGGUGAAGCCAGCCAGUUUUGACAAAGUAGCAAUUCCUGAAGUGAAGGAAAUUAUUGAAGGGUGCAUUCGGCAAAACAAAGAUGAAAGAUAUUCUAUCAAAGACCUUUUGAACCAUGCCUUCUUCCAGGAGGAAACAGGGGUGCGGGUAGAAUUAGCAGAAGAAGAUGAUGGAGAAAAGAUAGCCAUUAAAUUAUGGCUACGUAUUGAAGAUAUUAAGAAAUUAAAGGGAAAAUACAAAGACAAUGAAGCUAUUGAGUUUUCCUUUGACUUGGACAGAGAUGUGCCAGAAGAUGUUGCUCAAGAAAUGGUAGAGUCUGGGUAUGUCUGUGAAGGUGAUCACAAGACCAUGGCGAAAGCCAUCAAAGACAGAGUGUCAUUAAUUAAGAGAAAACGAGAGCAGCGGCAGUUGGUACGGGAGGAACAAGAAAAAAGGAAGCAGGAAGAGAGCAGUCUCAAACAGCAAGUAGAACAACAAUCUAGUGCUUCCCAGACAGGAAGCAAGCAGCUCCCUUCUGCCAGCACUGGCGUACCUACUGCCUCUACCACUUCAGCUUCAGUUUCUACGCAAGUAGAGCCUGAAGAACCUGAGGCAGACCAGCAUCAACAACUGCAGUACCAACAGCCCAAUACAUCUGUGUUAUCUGACGGGACUGUUGACAGUGGUCAGGGAUCUUCUGUCUUCACAGAAUCUCGAGUGAGCAGCCAACAGACAGUUUCCUAUGGUUCCCAACAUGAACAGGCACAUUCUACUGGCACACUCCCAGGGCAUACAGCUACUGUUGUCCAAGCACAAUCGCAGCCCCACGGGGUAUAUCCCCCCUCAAGUAUGCCUCAAUCCAUGGCGCAUCCGUGUGGGGGGACCCCAACAUACCCAGAAUCACAGAUAUUUUUCCCAACUAUCCAUGAACGUCCAGUUUCUUUUUCACCACCUCCCACCUGUCCACCGAAGGUGGCCAUUUCCCAGCGGCGUAAGAGCACCUCCUUCCUGGAAGCCCAAACUCACCACUUCCAACCCCUGCUGAGGACUGUUGGCCAAAAUCUUCUUCCACCUGGUGGCAGCCCAACUAAGUGGACACCAGAGGCCGUAGUUAUGCUGGGUACUACAGCCAGUAGAAUAACUGGAGAGCCAUGUGAGAUACAGGUCAAUCCUAUAUUUGAACCAACUCAAGUUUACAGUGACUAUAGACCUGGACUAGGACUUCCAGAAGAAGCUCACUGUUUUAUUCCUCAGGAAGCAGUGUAUCUAGCUGGGGUACAGUACCAGGCCCAGGUGGCAGAACAGUAUGAGGGUAUUCCAUACAACUCACCAGUACUGUCAAGUCCUAUGAAACAGAUACCUGAACAGAAGCCAGUUCAAGGGGGCCCUACCUCAAGUUCUGUCUUUGAAUUUCCAUCUGGACAGGCUUUCUUGGUAGGACACCUUCAGAAUUUAAGAUUAGACUCUGGAUUGAAUCCAGGAUCUCCCCUCUCUAGUAUUUCUGCACCUAUCAGUACAGAUGCUACAUGUUUGAAAUUUCACCCUGUCUUUGUUCCUCAUUCUGCGCCCGCUGUAUUAACUCAUAACAAUGAGAACAGAAGCAAUUGUGUAUUUGAAUUUCAUGUUCACACUCCAAGCUCCUCUUCAGGAGAAGGAGGAGGAGUUCUACCUCAACGUGUUUACCGAAAUCGACAGGUUGUGGUGGACUCGAAUCAGGAAGAAGCACCUCCUCAAUCAGCUGGAUUACAUGGCCGCCUGCAGCCUGUGACUGAAGAACAGCGUAAUUACCAUGCCCCAGAAUUGACCGUUUCUGUGGUAGAGCCUGUCGGACAGAACUGGCCAAUAGGAAGCCCAGAAUAUUCCAGUGAUUCCUCACAAAUUACUUCUUCAGACCCCAGUGAUUUUCAAUCACCUCCCUCUACAGGGGUAGCAGCUGCACCUUUUGGCUCUGACGUCUCAUUACCCUUUUUCCGUCUGCCUCAGACAGUGUUACAAGAAUCCCCACUUUUCUUCUGUUUCCCCCAAGGAACCACAUCUCAGCAGAUUUUAUCUGCCUCAUUUUCUUCAGGAGGAUCUGCACUCCAUCCACAGGCACAGGGGCAGAGCCAAGGUCAGCCAUCCUCAAGUAGCGUAACAGGGGUUUCAUCUUCUCAACCUAUACAACAUUCUCAGCAGCAGCAGGGGAUACAGCAGACAGCCCCUCCUCAACAGACAGUACAGUAUUCACUUCCACAGACAUCAGCCUCCAGUGAGGCCACUACUGCACAGCCAGUGAGUCAGCCUCAGGCUCCACAGGUCUUGCCUCAAGUAUCAGCUGGAAAGCAGCUUCCAGUUUCCCAUCCAGUACCAAGUAUCCAAGGCGAACCUCAGAUCUCAGUUGCAACACAACCCUCAGUUGUUCCAGUCCAUUCUGGUGCUCAUUUCCUCCCUAUUGGACAGCCACUUCCUACUUCCUUACUCCCUCAGUACCCUGUCUCUCAAAUUCCUGUAUCAGCUCCUCAUGUGUCUGCGGCUCAGACAGGUUUCUCAGCCCUUCCCGUCACAAUUGCAGCUGGCAUUAAUCAGCCUCUGCUCACCUUGGCUUCAUCUGCUACAGCGGCUGCGAUCCCAGGGGGAUCAACUGUGACUCCUAGUCAGCUCCCAAACCUUCUGCAGCCUGUGACUCAGCUGCCAAGUCAGGUUCACCCACAGCUCCUGCAGCCAGCAGUUCAGUCCAUGGGAAUACCAGCUAACCUUGGACACGCUGCCGAGGUUCCACUGCCCUCUGGAGAUGUUCUCUACCAGGGCUUCCCACCUCGACUGCCACCACAAUACCCAGGAGAUUCAAAUAUUGCUCCCUCUUCCAGCGUGGCUUCUGUUUGCAUCCCUUCUACAGUCCUAUCCCCUCCCAUGUCUACAGAAGCAUUAGCCCCACCAGGGUACUUUCCUACAGUGGUGCAGCCCUAUGUGGAAUCCAAUUUUUUGGUUCCUGUGGGCAGUCUAGGAGGACAGGUUCAAGUGUCCCAACCAGCAGUGAGUUUAGCACAAGCCCCCACUACAUCCUCCCAGCAAGCAGCUCUGGAGAGUACUCAGGGAGUCUCUCAGGUUGCUGCUCCAGAGCCAGUUCCAGUAGCACAGCCACAACCCACCCAGCCUACCACUUUGGCCUCUUCUAUAGACAGUGCACACUCAGAUGUUGCUUCAGGCAUGAGCGAUGGGAAUGAGAAUGUCCCAUCAUCCAGUGGGAGGCACGAAGGGAGAGCCACAAAACGGCAUUAUCGGAAAUCCGUAAGGAGCCGCUCCCGUCAUGAAAAGACUUCGCGCCCAAAAUUGAGAAUUUUGAAUGUUUCAAAUAAAGGAGACCGGGUAGUAGAAUGCCAGUUAGAGACUCACAAUCGGAAAAUGGUUACAUUCAAAUUUGAUUUAGAUGGUGACAACCCGGAGGAGAUAGCAACAAUUAUGGUGAACAAUGACUUUAUUCUAGCAGUAGAGAGAGAGUCGUUUGUGGAUCAAGUGCGGGAAAUUAUUGAAAAAGCUGAUGAAAUGCUCAGUGAGGAUGUCAGUGUGGAACCAGAGGGUGACCAGGAGACUCUCCAGGGAAAGGAUGACUAUGGCUUUUCAGGUUCUCAGAAGUUGGAAGGAGAGUUCAAGCAACCACUUCCUGCAUCUUCCAUGCCACAGCAAAUAGGUGUUCCUACCAGUUCUUUAACUCAAGUUGUCCAUUCUGCUGGAAGACGGUUUAUAGUGAGUCCUGUGCCAGAAAGUCGAUUACGAGAAUCAAAAGUUUUCACCAGUGAAAUACCAGAUACGGUUGCUGCUUCUACAUCUCCUGGUGCUGGAAUGAACUUGUCUCACUCUGCUUCAUCCCUUAGUCUCCAGCAGGCCUUUUCUGAACUUAGAAAUGCCCAAAUGGCAGAAGGACCCAGUACAGCACCUCCCAACAUCAGUCAGACAGGACCAACAUUCCCAGCAGGCCCUCCUUCCAUGAGUAGCAUUGCUGGAGUCCCAGCCACAGCAGCAGCCACACCUUCAGUAUCAGUCCCUGUAAUUAGCUGCCCUCUUAAUGACAUUUCCACGUCAGUAACUCAGCCUGAGAUGACGGUGCCCACUGAAAAGGGGAUUGCUGGAGUUGCCACCUGCACAGGUGUAAUAACUUCAAGUGGUCUCCCUGUGCCACCCGUGUCUGAAUCACCAGUACCUCCCAGUGUGGCUUCAAGCAUCACAAUACCUGCAGUUGUCUCAGGAUCUGCCACAUCCAAGUCAGUUCAGGCCGCCACAUCUGGGAACAUUGUUGCUAGAACAGGAACUUCCUCCUCUGUACCAGUUUCAAGUUCAACCUCUGCAGGGGGCAGUGCUGCUGCCCCAGGGGCCAAGCCUGCACCUGUAUUACCUCAGCAGUCAGCGGGCAGUACCACGGGGGUCGCCACGUUAACCUCAGUUUCCACCGCCACUCCGUUCUCAAGCGUAGCCUCUCAGCCGGCUCUUCAGCUUAGCAGCAGCGCCUCCGCUCCUACUCUAGCGGAAACGGUGGUGGUCAGUGCACACUCACUAGAUAAAACAUCUCAUAGCAGCUCGACUGGAGUGGCUUUGUCCCACUCUGCAUCUUCAUCCUCUUCCGGGGGAGCAGGAGUGUCUAGUGCUAGUUCUCAGGCCAGUGGGGUACAUCCUUCAGCCAUUCCAUCAGCUGUAGCGUCUACUCCUGUCCUUCCCCAAGCCGCAGGACCUGCGUCUACACCAUUACUCCCCCAAGGACCCAGCAUCCCACCCUUGGUACAACCUGUUACCAAUGUGCCCGCUGUACAGCAGACACUAAUUCAUAGCCAGCCUCAACCAGCUUUGCUCCCCAACCAGCCCCACGUGCACUGUCCUGAAGUAGAUACCGAUACACAGCCCAAAGCUCCUGGGAUCGACGACAUAAAGACUCUAGAGGAAAAGCUGCGGUCCCUCUUCAGUGAACACAGCUCCUCUGGAGCUCAGCAUGCCUCUGUUUCACUGGAGACAUCACUAGUAGUAGAGACCAGUGUCACGCCAGGUGUCCCCACCACUGCCAUCGCACCCAGCAAACUCAUGACUUCCACCACAAGUACUUGCUUACCACCCACCAGUUUGCCGUUAGGGACAGCUGGUUUGUCCGUCAUGCCAGUGGUGACACCUGGGCAAGCGUCUACCCCAGUCAGCUAUGUCUCAGCCCCAGUCAGCACUGCACCAGGAGUGAAACCUGCCACUGCGCCCUCAAAGCCACCCAUAACUAAAGCUCCAGUGCUGACAGUGGGUACUGAACUUCCAGCUGGCACUCCAUCCAGUGAGCAGCUGCCACCUUUGCCAGGACCUUCACUAACUCAGCCUGUGUCCGUGGCGGCUCCAACAGCAGUGUCAGAAGCGGGAGCACAGCCUCAGAAGGACGUUUCUCAAGUCACAGAAGGUAUUGUCCUAGCAACUAGUUCAGGAACUGGUGUUUUUAAGACGGGGCGAUUUCAGGUUUCAGUUGCAAUGGAUGAUGCCCAGAAAGAGGGUAAAAAUAAGUCAGAAGAUGCAAAGUCUGUUCAUUUUGAAUCCAGCACUUCAGAGUCCUCGUUGCUGUCAAGUAGUAGUCCAGAAAGUACCCUGGUGAAGCCAGGGCCUAAUGGGGUAACCAUCCGUCGUGUCUCUUUAGAUAUGCCAGAUAGUGCCCACAAAAUUCCUGCCUCAGAAGCAAACUCAGAAACUGGGCAGCACACCAAGGUUGGACGUUCUCAGAUGACAACGACAGCAAACAAAGUAGGUCGUUUCUCUGUUUCGAGAACUGCAGACACGAUCACUGAGGCAAAGAAAGAGGGACCAGUGGUAUCUCCUCCUCCUCCUUUUACGGAUUUGGAACAAGAUGUUCUUCCUGCUGCGAUACCAAAGAAAGAAAAGCCUGACCUUUCAGAGCCUUCACACCUGAACGGGCCAUCUUCUGACCUCGAGGCUGCCUUUCUAAGCAGGGAUGUGGAUGAUGGUUCAGGGAGUCCACAUUCCCCCCAGCAGCUGAGCUCCAGGAGCCUUCCCAUCCAGAAUCUAAGUCAAAGCCUUAGUAACUCACUCAACUCCUCUUACAUGAGUAGUGACAAUGAGUCAGAUAUUGAAGAUGAAGACUUAAAGUCAGAGCUGCGCCGACUACGAGAAAAACAUCUUAAAGAGAUUCAAGACCUGCAGAGUCGCCAGAAGCAUGAAAUUGAAUCUUUGUAUACCAAACUGGGCAAGGUUCCUCCUGCUGUCAUCAUUCCCCCAGCCGCCCCCCUUUCAGGGAGAAGAAGGCGACCCACUAAAAGCAAAGGCAACAAAUCUAGUCGUGUCAGUUCCUUGGCGAGUAAAAGCCCCCAGCUUUCAGGUAAUUUAUCUGGUCAGAGUGCAGCUUCAGUCUUGCACCCCCAGCAGACCCUCCACCCUCCUGGCAACAUCCCAGAGACGGGGCAGAAUCAGCUAUUACAGCCACUUAAGCCAUCUCCCUCCAGUGACAACCUGUAUUCAGCCUUCACCAGUGAUGGUGCCAUUUCAGUACCAAGCCUUUCUGCUCCGGGUCAAGGCUGUGCGAAGUUUAACUGUGCAUCUGAGCAGGUGACAUUCAAACCUGGUGGCAGGAGGACCCGAUUUCUGAGUACGCCCUGCUUGGCUCUUUGGAAGAUGGUGAAAAAAGUCUGUCCUUGCAACCAGCUCUGUAUGUGCCCUCCAGCAGAGCCGAAAUCAGGGACCAGCAGCACCAACACGGUGGGGGGAGCAGUGAACAGCCAGGCCGCCCAGGUGCAGCCUCCCGCCCUGACGGCCAGCAAGAAGGGCACGUUCACAGACGACCUGCACAAGCUGGUGGACAACUGGGCCCGAGACGCCAUGAGCCUCUCGGGCAGGAGAGGGAGCCGAGGACACAUGAACUAUGAGGGCCCUGGAAUGGCAAGGAAGUUCUCUGCACCGGGUCAGCUGUGCGUCUCCAUGACCUCAAACUUGGGCGGCUCUGCCCCCCUUCCUGCAGCGUCAGCUACCUCUCUAGGUCACUUCACCAAGUCCAUGUGCCCCCCACAGCAGUACGGUUUCCCAGCUCCCCCUUUUGGCACUCAGUGGAGUGGGACAGGUGGCCCAGCACCACAGCCACUUGGCCAGUUCCAACCUGUGGGAACUGCCUCCUUACAGAAUUUCAACAUCAGCAAUUUGCAGAAAUCCAUCAGCAACCCCCCAGGUUCCAACCUGCGGACCACUUAGACCUAGAGACUUAACUGAGUAGAUUGCGGGGCAGGAGGUGGAGUGUGAGAGGUGGGGGGUGGGGAAGUAGCCUGUAUACUAACUCCUAGUGCUGCAUUUAACUGGUUAUUUCUUGCCGGAAAGGAAUGUUUUUCAUACUGCUUAGAGCCCUCAGGAUGGAGACUCUGCCUCCUCCUUCCAUUUACUGGAGUGGGACAAGAAGGAAUGAGCAGCUUUCUUGCGAUGGGGCAACUUCGAGCUCUGCCUCCAUGUUUGCCCAACAAUAAGGGCUAGGAAGGAGAAGGGUGUCCAUCAGGAAGCUGCCAGAGCACGCAAGGGAAAACCAAACCCCACCUCUGUUUUCAAGUGGGUGGAGCUUUUCAUUUCGGUGUCCACCCCAAAUCCCUUAUUCCCUCAGUCUAAACCACAAGACUAAAAACAUAAUUGGGCUCUCUCCUACCCUGUUCUCCCACCCCAGCUCUUUUUCUUUCUUUUCUAUCUUUCUUUCUCUCUCUCUGGAACCCAGUGAGAGACAGCAGGGGGCUAGGUUCCCACCCUUUCUUACGAUAGGUCACUAGUGCUUUAAGCAAAUGAUACGAGCAGCUCCGACUGCGGCAUUAGCAGUGAGAAAAAACGUUCCCUGCGGACAUGCAACUUUGCCAUCAGUUUUGAUGUGGAAACACUGUGAUAUAUAAAUGUUGUUGGACAACAGUAGUUUUAAGAUGAAAAUAUGAAAGGUUUAAAAAGUUGAAAAAAAGCUAGCUCUGUCCUUUACUUAUUGAGACACUUUAACUUUUUCCUUUGUAUUUCCAUUGUAUUAGAUAAAUAAAUGUGAAUGUAAAAUUGUAUAAAUUACUGUACUUGAAUACUUCUGUUGUCCCAGUAUUGCUUGCUGGAUAUUUUAGUGCCUUGGACUUCCAUUGCUUCUGCCGUUAGCAUCUACUUCUCAACAGACCCCAGACCAGCAAAGGGCAUGUGGGAGGAAAUCAAAGGGCCACAAGACCCCAGCAGUGGGUUAUGCCAAAGGGAAAUUGAAAGAGUACUUUUUUUUGGUCAUUCAACUAGUUUGUCUAGAGCAGGUGUAAGAUGAGCAGGGUGAGAAGUGAAGUCGACAUCAGUGGUUGAAAGCAGAAAGUUCUGUUUCAGGAACAGUGAGGAGGGUUGUUGUCACAAAAUUGGGCAAUUUAAAAGAUUAAGGGUGGUGUGUGAUAAGUGAAUGAAAAAGACUAAAGAAUGGAAGAACAGACUUGUUUUGAAGAUAGGCGAUGCCUGGCCAGUAGAUGCCAGAAGCCUUACUCAUUUGAGCUGGGCUUGAACAGACCUAGAAGAAAUGGCUGAAUAUAAAGGGAAGGGAGUAGGGGCUGGUUUUGAAGUUGGGAAACCUGAUAGUGAAAAGUCAGAGGGAGAAAGUUGCUCUAAGAAAAACUGUUUGGAUUGCUUUCUUGUUGCAAAUGUACCAUGCAUUUCUCAGCUGGGGGUACUGUUUUUCUGGAAAGUGGACCCACAUCUAAAUUAAGCAUUGUAGGAAAGAAUGCUUAUUCCUACUCUUUUCCUAUAUGAUAUCCAAGCGGUUGCAGGAUCAUAAUCUCUUGUGCCACCUUUAUUUCUACAAUUGCAACUGGUAUUUUCACAUUUCAUAUAAGCAAAUAUUCCCCAUAAGUAAUAACUGCAACCAACCAGUAUUAUUUAGUGCUAAUUUAAUGGGCAGUUCUGUUCUUUUCAGAGCUUUCAGGAAAUACUCUCCUAAUUGGCUAUAUUUGGGAUCUCUAUUAGCUGUGAAGAUGGGGAAAGAAGGUGGGACUUAAUUUUUUGGGUGCUUCUUGAGUUGAGAAAUUGACGUAUUUCAACCUCUCCCCCACCUCACGGCACAGCCCAGCAAUCACAGUAGGAAAAGCCUGGCUGGCUGGCCCAUCCUGUCGUUCCUUUAUGGGCACUGUUUUCUUUAGUAAGUAAGCCUAGUCCCCAGAGAGGCAAAUGAAAGCUGAAGGUACUAGGAAGGUAGAAAUGAGAAGGGCAGGGGUUCCAAGCCCUGCUUCAAAAUUGUUUACUUAUCUGUUCUCUGCUUAUAAUUCUUGGGGAGAUGAUGAGUGAGGAUAGAACAAAGAAGGUAUCGAGUACAUGAGAAACAGACCACCUAAGACAAAUGAAACAACACCUUCUACCAGAGGAACGAGGGAAUCAAAUGCAGCACAUUAUUUUAUUUUGGUUUAAUAAUUUUGAGAUCUCUUCACUCACACACAAAAAGAGCUGGUUUUAUUUACUGUUGAUUUUUCUCCCUCCUGUGGAUGAAAUAACUGAAGCCUAGAGGAAUGAACUAGUGCUACUGAACUGUUUAAAUUAUUUGUGUUAAUAGUACACUUUGAGUCUCUUUUUUCCACAUUAAAAAAAAAAUCUUUCUGAAUUUUAAGUGUUUUCCUUACAUUAUUUAACAAUGUACACUGUUUAAAAAAAAAACAAACUGAAUUCAAACCUUGGGGGUUUCUCCGCAGCCGUUAAUUGUACAUUUUGCACUAACUCUGGGUGUUGCGCUUCUUGUAAGAUUGCGCCUUGUGCUUCAGUUUGUUACCUUUGUAGACUUAUUUAAUGAAACCAUUCAAAUAAACCAAACUUUGCUUUUGA